AUGACUCCUGCUGCUGCUGGAUUCUCGUGUGGUGGUGCUAUUGCUGCAUGUGAAUCUGUCUGGACUAACCAAGUCACUAAUGCAUUUGCUCUUGUUCGACCUCCAGGACAUCAUGCCGAGGCUCAUCGUCCCAUGGGAUUCUGCUUUUACAAUAAUGUUGCCAUUGCUACUCGUCGAAUGAAGUCGGAAUUUAACGUACAGCGCAUUAUGAUUGUAGACUGGGACAUUCAUCACGGAAAUGGCACACAGGCAGAGUUUUACGACGAUCCAAAUGUUCUCUUUAUUUCAAUCCAUAGAUUUGAAGAUGGUCGGUUUUACCCCAACUAUAGAGUGGCUGGUCCAGAAUGGAUUGGUGGAAAACAAGCCCGUGGACGCAACAUCAACGUUGCUUGGCCAUGCGCUGGGCUGGGUGAUGCUGAUUACAUGCAAGUGUUUCGUGAUUUGAUUAUGCCUAUUGGCCAAGAGUUUGAUCCAGAUCUGGUUAUUGUAUCUGCUGGAUUUGACGCUGCUCACGGCGAUCCAAUAGGCGAAUGUCAUGUCACUCCUGCUUGCUACUCUCAAAUGACACAUAUGCUGAAAUCACUGGCAAACGGGCGGUUGGUUUUAGUUCUCGAGGGUGGAUAUCAUGUU